GUGCUGGCGAACCCCAUGGAGGACCUGGUGGGACGGCACCAGCCCUGGGCCCACGAGGUCUUCCACCACUACCGCAGGCCUGGGCGGCAGUACGGCUCCGCGCGGGAGCUGGAGCACAGGCAGAGCAUCUUUGUGCACAACAUGAGGUUCGUGCACUCGAGGAACCGUGCCGCGCUCUCCUACACGCUGGCACUGAACCACCUGGCCGACCGCACGCCCCAGGAGCUGGCCGCCCUGCGGGGCCAUCGCCGGAGCGGGGCUCCCAACAACGGGCAGCCUUUCCCCACCGAGCUCUACGCCGGCCUCAUCCUGCCCGAGAGCCUCGACUGGCGCAUGUACGGUGCUGUGACCCCCGUGAAGGACCAGGCUGUCUGCGGGUCCUGCUGGAGCUUCGCUACGACGGGCGCGAUGGAGGGUGCCCUCUUCCUCAAGACCGGCGUGCUGACCCCCCUGUCCCAACAAGUCCUCAUUGACUGCUCCUGGGGCUUCGGGAACUACGCCUGUGACGGGGGCGAGGAGUGGCGAGCCUACGAGUGGAUCAAGAAACAUGGCGGCAUCGCCAGCACCGAGUCCUACGGCACCUACAAGGGGCAGAACGGCUUGUGCCACUACAACCAGUCUGAGAUGCUGGCCAAGAUCACGGGCUAUGUCAACGUCACCUCGGGCAACAUCACGGCAGUCAAAGCUGCCAUCUACAAGCACGGCCCCGUGGCCGUCAGCAUCGACGCCUCGCACAAGACCUUCUCCUUCUACUCCAACGGCAUCUACUAUGAGCCCAAGUGCGGAAAUAAGCCGGGACUGCUGGACCACGCGGUGCUGGCCGUGGGCUACGGGGUCCUGCAGGGAGAGACCUACUGGCUCAUCAAGAACUCCUGGUCCACGUACUGGGGCAACGAUGGCUACAUCCUCAUGGCCAUGAAGGACAACAACUGCGGCGUGGCCACCGAAGCCACCUACCCCAUCCUGGCCUGA